AUUUCUUCAGAUUUUACCAAUAAACUUCUAAAAGAAUCAUUUGAUAAAUUAGAAAUUGAUUAUUUGAUAAGUUGUUUUCUUAUUACUCGUCAAUGUGUGCUAGAAGGUCCUCACUAUUUUAUUUCUUAUGAAAAUUGGUUCCAGAGUCAUUUUGGUGAUAUAUCAACUUCUUUUGCCAAUACAAGUAAAACAUUUAGUUAUUUUGUAAAGUUUUUGACAAGUUUAGUUCCUUAUGAGCCUGUUUAUUUUUUAAAGGCACAUUUAACAAGACCACCAUCAAUUCCAAGUAAAUGCCGUCCAUUGUUUAAUGAUUAUGUUAUGUUAGUCAAGACUCGUCUACAAGAUUUAAAGGAAAACUGUGAUCAAGUAGGCAUUUACUCUGAAGCAGAUGUAUUAAAAGAUAAAACAGAGGAGGGAAAUUCAAAGUUUUCUACUCAAGCAGAAGUAGACGUGAACAAGGCUCUGUUACUUUAUGAAACCACAGGUAGAAUCCCAUCUUCUGUGUUAGAAGCAAGUUUGUUUCAUAAAACCUAUUUUAUUGGACAAUUUCUCCCUGUUCUUCUCUCACCUCGUCCUUUUUCAGAUGUGCCAGAUAUUCGAACAAAAUUUAUUGAAGAACUGAAAAAAUUGGGUAAAUUGCCUGUUUCUUUAUAUGACAAAUAUCAAGAGGAAUGUGAGAGAGAAACAACUAGAAUGUUAGAAGGAGUAAUUAUGGAUGAAUCGUUUGAAGAGGAAUUAAAUAAUCCUUUUGAUAAUAUGCAGAAAUCAAUUAACUAUUUUUGUAAAUCAUUCGAAGAUAAAAAUAAACCAGAAGAACUAAUGUUAAUUAAUCAAUUAUCUGUGGCUAUCCAGUCAGUAUUGAAGGAAAAUGAAUCAGUUGAAUCACCUGAAAAAGUUAUCUGCCUGACUGAAAAAAUAGAUGAACAUUCUCUUUAUUCAAAAAUAUCAUUAUCACUCCUGGAAGCAUUCAAGUGUUGUAUAAACUUGAUGGAGUUAAAACAUGAUGAGCGGAAGUCAGAUUGGGAUAUUUUAUUUGUAUCCAUGAUUGGCAACUUUUCUGUCUUACAUAAACCACUUUUUUUCCAUCUUUGGCAAAAAUUGACUCAUCAUAAUGAUGAUGAUUCAGAAAUUUAUGGUUUAUCUCUUCUUUUAAUAAGAAUAACUGAAAGAACAGAUAUUUUUCCACAAGUAUCACAUGAUAAUUUAUCUGAUGUUACUACAUUGUGUAAUGCAAUUUUCACUUUGUUAAAACUUGAAACUCAUCAGUUAAUGUUAAAUAAUUUAAAGUUAUUUACAGUUUAUUUAAAACAAGUUUCAAAGAUCAUAAGUGAUGAAAAUUAUUUAGUUCUAAUGCCAUCAAGUCUUGUGAAAAAGUUUCAGUUCAUAGCUGUUCGUUUACAUCCAGAAUUAAGAGAAUUAAUCCAGAAUGACAUUUCUGUUGACAAAACUGAUACAAAAUUUGAUGAUGUCAUUCACUUAUUUAAUUCAGAUUUAAUCUGCAGAGCCUUGGAUGAAACAAAACUUUCAUUGAGAGAUUGGGUUACUUUUGAGGCUGAAGUUAAACCUUUUCAAGAUAAUUUUAAUGCUUAUGAAAGGUGUGAAUAUUUUCAUUGGUGUAUCUAUUGUAUUUUCUUACCCAAAUAUACUGUACAAGAUGUUUGUUCAUGUAUAUUUUCGGUUAUUACUAGUAAAAGUGAGGUUCCUUCAUUUUGUCAACUCUUAUUAAUUCUUCAGGUAUGUAUUAAAAUUUAUUGAAAUGUGAAAGUACAAAGUACAUUUUUUCUUUCUAGGCUUCUAAUCACAGAGAUUAC